GCCAAAACACCAUGUCGGCCAUCGUGACCCGAUCACAGGAGCCAUUGAGCCCUGCCUCGCCGUUGAAUACAGCGGGGUUAUCCCCAGAUUCCCCCGCUGCAAAGAGUAAUCGAGCCUGUGAUAGGUGUCGUCGGCGAAAAGUCAAAUGCCAUCUUCCAGAAAACGGGUGUUGUACACAAUGUCAAGGCGCAAGAACCGCGUGUACUUUUCAUUUACCGGCGGGUAAGCGAGGGCCCAAGGCAAAACGGCGUAUACAUGAGAGCGGCAACGAUACCAUACCGACUACCGCUACCCAUGACACGCUAGACUUGUACAUGGACGAUGAACCUUCUUUACCAGCAGCAGAUAUCUCGGUUCAAGAAGCAGUUUCACUAUUAGGAAGUAUUCGCCAUCACCGUCCGGUUCCUCCAGCCGACAUUUCUCUCUCAGAAGACCCUUCUACACUACCAUCAUGGCACCAGCUUGUCGAUGAAAUAGCCACCCUCGGCUUAGAUCCUCACAAUAUACUGAACCGGUGUAUAGACUUGUUCUUCGAGUAUCUCUACCCAUUAACGCCGCUACUUCACGAACCCAGUUUCCGCGACAGCCUUCAACACUUUAUCCCAGACCAGCAUCAUCUACACCAGCGCCACUAUUCCGCCUCUAUAGUACCGGCCAACCUAAACGCCACAUUUGCCCUUAUUUCGGCCGUCUGCGCCGAAGCCGCAUUUCUCCUCCCCAAAGAUAUUUUCCCCGACGGCGAAAAGGUCGCGGAUCUUCUUCUCCAAGCUUCACGGGACUCGCUUGACAGCUACCGAGAAGCUGAUCUCGAACAGCCCACGGCAAGUUCCAUUACCAUUCGGUACUUUCAUUCGAAUUGUAUUCAUGCUGCCGGUCGACCAAAGUAUUCAUGGCACAUCUUUGGCGAAGCUACGCGGCUAGCACAGGCAAUGCGCUUACACGAUGAAUCUACGUAUCAGCAUUUAGAUGCCAUCGAGGCAGAGCUGCGCCGCCGUGUCUUUUGGAUUGUCUACAUGGGAGACAAAUCUGCUGCUAUUCUAAAUGACCAGCCCAUCACUAUGCACAAGUAUUCGUUUGAAUCAGGCAUUACUGCCGCAUAUCCAACGGGCUUAGAUGAUGAUGACUGCUACCGAAAUACCAUCUCAUCUCCGACGACAAGCCCCGUGGCAAAUGAGGUACUACCCCAAGGGGCAUCCAUCAUGGUGGGCUUCAACGCCAAUAUACGCCUCUGGCAAGUCGCUUCGGAUCUUUUGCUUGCCGUUCGAGUGAUUCGAGAGCAGCGGCGGAAUGGAAACGAAAUAAGUGUUGCCGGCACUGGUGCGGAUGGAACUGCUCAGCCUACUUUUAGUCUAACGCCAGCUGAGAGGUAUGCUCUGGACCCUCUCUAUGUCGCAUUUAUUACGUGUCUGGAUGAAUUGCCUGGGUUUCUGCAACCUGGCGUCUUUACAAUACCCAAUGCUGUAGAUGAGACUAGUGGUGUUGCACGCAAGUCGACGCAGUUUCUUGUGCAGUGUGCCAACUUGCAAAUCUCACAGCACUGUCUGAGAAUGGUCAUGACGCAAAAAUUUGAAGAGUUGUCGUAUUUAACGUCUGGCUCGCAGCAAGCCGAUCUCCAAAAGACAGAGAUUGUGAGAGAGAUGCUGCAGUUUAUACGACGGGUGCCGUUUUGGGCCUUGCAAGUGAAUGGUGAGCCAUAUGUGGAAAAGAUUCGUCUGGUUGGUGUAAGCUUGAUGGAGAUUAUUCACCGGAAUUCCAAUUCUCUCAUUACAGCGAGAGCGAGAGACGACUUUGGGAUACUUUUGGAUAUCUUGGCGCGCUUGGAUUCCAAGGCGUCUGACGCGUUGCGAAGCACAUCUACAAACAUGGUGUGAAAAUAUGUAAUUAUAAUUGUAGAAACGUGUAUCAACUAAGUAAUGACAUUUAAUGGGUGCCGUUGGACAAAGGGCCUUGUCUCUUAGCAAUGAUAUCCUUUAAUAGCAGCGCCGACUUCUUUGGUGUGCGUUCUAGUGUGACAUAGUCUGUAUAGGUAACUCCAAAUCUAGGACCAAAUCCGUCCGACCAUUC